AUGCUCACACCCUCAACAUCCACAUCUUCUGUGAAGGGCAAGAAGACUGUUGCUGCCUCAGCUGUCAACCCGGUCACAAAAUGCUCCGCGUCUGCUGCUGGAGGGCAGUCGCGCUCGAGAUCUACGUCUGUCAUGCCCGCGGCGCCUGGGACUGACGGCGAUGGGAAGCCCGCGGCUGAGAGCACGGAUGCUGCUGUGGAAAAAGAUCGAGCGCAGGAUGACAAACUCUACUGCAUCUGUAAGACUCAGUAUGACGAGGAUCGAGCAAUGAUUGCGUGUGAUCGGUGCGAUGAGUGGUAUCAUACGCAAUGCGUCAACAUGCCAGACCUGGAGAUCGACUUGGUGGAUCAGUUCAUCUGCCCGCUUUGCGUUAAGAACAACCCCCAUCUCAGUCUGAAGACCACGUACAAGAAACGUUGCUUCAACGGACUGAAGCAUUCAAACCCAGCAUCACCUGGUGCCUGCCAUCGGCCUGCUCGCGGCACGUACUCCAAGUACUGCUCAGACGAGUGUGGCAUUACGUACAUGCAAUUUCGCAUCAACGCAUGGCGAGGUGACAAAGACAGCCUCUGGGAGAGUGUCAAGGAAGCACGCAAGCGGGAGGGCGUCGUCGUCCUUGUGACAGACAGUCAUGAUAAGGGCGAGAGCAACGGCCACGCCUCCCUGGAGUCCAGUUCAACCGAACCUGUUAUGCAGAUUGUCAAGCCUGCGCGGACGAAAAUGGACGUGGUGCUUUGGCGGGAGAAGCUGGUUGAGCUUGCCGCUGCUCGUGCGGAACAGAUGGACGAGUGUGGUUGGGAUCAGCGACUUUGCUUCGGCGAAGAGGAGUAUGCAGAGUUCGGUGUGAGCGUGCUGGAGAGCUAUGAGGAAGUGGAGCAGGCGACGGGCGAUGCCAUGCAGGUCGACGUUGCGCAGACAGAGGACGGUGAAUGGUGGUGCAGAGGGCAUAGGAAGUGUGCCCGGCAUGCUGGAUGGCAGAAACUCCGUUCGACUGAGGUUGAGUGCGACAGGGACGCUCUCGACGGGGCUCUCCUGAAGCUGACAACACAAGAACGGGAGAUUCGCAAGCGCAUCGAGGACGUCAUGCAUCCAACCGCACAAUCCUCUGGCGGGGAGCCCACGGGUCCUCCGCUAGGAUCGCCAUUGCAGCCCCUGAACGGAAAGACGACAAGCAACGGACAGAGCAAGUCCAAGGUCAACGGCGACGCUGCCAAGAAGGGGAAGAAGAAGAAGACAUAA